AUGCCAACUUUCACGAUUCAUACGCCGGGGAAUGACAAUGGCAUCAAUGCCUUAACGCCCUCCGAAAAGAAACUCCACGAGACCGAAAUGACAAAAUCACACGAUGUGGAGAAUGCUGCUGGCCAGUUGGAGGAAAUCAAAGAGUUCAGGCAGGGUCUGCACCAACGCCAUAUUCAGAUGAUUGCUCUCGCUGGCACAGUUGGGACGGGUCUCUUCCUCAGUUCAGGACGAGCAAUUGUCAACGCUGGCCCGCUGGGUGCAUUCCUUGCAUACUCCAUCAUUGGUCUCACAGUCUCGAGUGUCGUUUGGGGUGUUGGAGAAAUGGGUGCCUUGGCCCCUCUCAAUGGUGGUGUGAUUCGAUAUGCAGAGAUCUUCUGCGAUCCGGCUCUAGCAUUCGCCAAUGGAUGGAAUCAAGUCUAUUCUUACAUAGUCUCAAUACCCUCCGAAAUUGUCGCUGCCGCCGUUAUUAUCGAGUUCUGGACCACCAUCAACAACGCCAUUUGGAUCACAGUCUUCGGUCUGUUGAUGCUUAUUACUGCCCUGCUGUUCGUUCGCGUAUAUGGAGAACUGGAGUUCGGAUUUUCAAUUUUGAAAAUCAUGCUCGUGAUUGGAAUCAACAUCAUGGCCUUGGUCAUUACAUGUGGUGGAGGUCCCAGUCACAAGUCCAUUGGGUUCGAGUACUGGAAGGCCCCUUAUGGACCUAUGGUGCAGUACUUAGGGCUACCAGGUGCUCUGGGAAGAUUUCUGGGAUUCUGGAAAACAUUUGACAACGCCCUCUACGCCUAUUCUGGAAUUGAAAACAUCACCGUCGCAGCCGCUGAGACUCGCAAUCCUCGCCAGGCGAUUCCGAUGGCCGCUCGACGGAUCUUUAUCCGGAUCUUGCUCUUCUACGUGAUCACCAUCUUCAUGGUCGGCCUGGUCGUUGCAUCGACUGAUGACGCUCUGCUCGGCUCAACUGGCACUGCUGCCCAGUCACCGUUUGUGAUUGCUGCCCGUGACGCCGGUAUCAAAGUUGUGCCGUCAAUCAUCAACGCAGUCGUUCUCACUUCGGCAUGGUCUUCGGGUAACUCGAACAUGCUGGGUGGAUCUCGUAUUCUCUACGGAAUGGCAACUCAAGGCCAUGCCCCUGCCGUAUUCAAGCCCCUCAACCGCUUCGGAAUCCCCUACGUCGCCAUCUCUAUUUACGGUGUCUUCAUGGCUCUUGGAUAUAUGACUCUAUCCAGCUCAGCCAGCGUUGUCUUUACCUGGCUGCAAGACCUCGUUUCGAUUUCCACUCUGGUCAAUUGGAUCUGCAUCUGUGUUGUCUACCUGCGAUUCCUCUACGGUUGCAAGAAGCAAGGCAUCGAUCGCCAUACUGAGCUUCCGUGGGCUGCACCCUUCCAACCCUACACGACUUGGGUCUCUUUGAUCGUGUUCAUUCUUCUCUUCUUCACCGGAGGAUUCACUACCUUCAUGAAUGGCCGUUGGAGCACCGAAACCUUUAUCUCCUCCUACUUCAACCUUCCUUUUAUCAUGAUAGUCUAUUUCGCCUACAAGUUCUGGAUGAAGACCAAGAUCAUUCCGCUGGCGGACAUUCCUAUUCGGCCUUUCAUUGAAAGUUACCAGAAUAACCCCGAGCCGGAGCCCAAGCCGAAGCGUGGCAUCAAUAAGCUUAAUAUUUUGUGGUCUUGA